CGAGGGCCCACAAAGGUCCUCUAUGGUUUGGAUCUUAGUCAAGGAAGACUGAUUGUCAUUUCUUUUAAUGUUUUUCCACUUUUUGAUCCCCUUUUUGCCUUCACCAGGUGAGGCACACCUGUGUGGCUGACAGGAGGAGUUUAAAAAUACUGCUCAGAAAAACUCAGUUCAAGGAGCUCAAGAGUUCAGUGACUUCAUAACUGUGAAGAUGGAGUGAAUAAUAUGACUUUUUCUGAAUCAUCAUCUAAAUGUAAAGUCUGACCUACCUACAGGUCCUGUAUCAGCUGAAGCUCUUGUUGGAAGCAGUGUGACACUUGAAGUAUCUCAUAGUGGUGUCUCUCAGCCGGCGGUGACGUGGUUCAUGGGAAGCCUUCCUGUCGCCUCAUGGACCGCUGGUGUCAGCUCAACUCCAGAUUUUGCUUUAAACUACACCAAUGUGUUAACAGCCAAACAGAAUGAAUCCCUCACCUUUCGAAAUGUGUCUCUUAGUUAUAAUGGCACAUAUACCGUGGAAAUGACUAAGAUCGGAGAGGGAAGAGUCAGUGCUACAUUUUACCUCUUUGUUUAUGAUGUCAUCAAGAAUGUAUCCCUGCACACUGAUCCAGAUGGACCAGAUAUGCCCAUUCUAAAGGCGAGCCCCACAAAAGCAGUCUUUGUUUCGGGCGAGUCUGUUUUCCUCUCAUGUGAGGGUGUUGGUGUACCGCCUCCCUCCACCACAUGGCUUUUCAAUGGCCGGUCCAUUCCAACAUCUUCAACAGGAACCGUCAAUCUGACCAGUGUAAAGACAAGUCAAACUGGCAUUUACACUUGCACGAUGAUGAACACAAGGACUGGUGCAAAGCUCGAGAGAAACAUCACUAUAAAUAUUUAUGAGACUCCCAGUGGUGAGCCAUUGUGCUCAUUACACCCUGUGAAUGGAAACAGUGAGCUGCAGUUCCUCUGUGUGUGGCCAGGUGGCACUCCAGAAGCUCAGGUGUCUUUCCCCAGCCUGAGCACUAAUGGCACUGGAGAGGGCAAUUUCAAUAUCACUUCAAGUGCCAUUCAGAGCUUAAAUGGGCAGGAAAUCAUCUGUAAUGCUGAACAUCCUCUAAUUCAGACACAGUGCAGUGUCAUUCCACGUGCUCCUUUAGAUUUUCAACCAGUAAUUUUCACCAACAUGAGCCAAGAUGAACGGACCACUGUUGUGAUCCACUGUUAUACUGAGGCCAUGCCUGAAGACGUCAUGUACUGGGUCAAAGAUGGCCACAGACUGGAAAACGGGCCCAAAUACCAGAUUAGUACCAUUACAGCUCAACUCUUCAUUCAGGACUUUAACGCCAGUUCUACAGAUCUCGACACCUACACCUGCACUGCCAUCAACCCUCUCGGCAGCAGAAUCAUGGAUGCUAAACUGCUCGGCCCUCAGAUAUCCACUUCAGGUGUUUUCCUGAUUGACGAUCAUACUGAAGUGACUUUAAAAUGGGAAGUUCCUCCUACCUCUGUUAUUACAGGCUUUGAUAUCCAGUUGAAGGGUCCAGGCUUCUUAAGCCUCAGACCUCGAAAUGUCACAUCAGAGUUCUGCACCAUCCAAACAAUGUCAGCCUCUGACAGGACCACAAACAUCUCUGGACUCGACCCAAAAUCCACAUAUUACUUCAGAAUCAUCCCUAAAGCAGGCAGAACUGCAGGAGAACAGUCAGAGCAACACAGGAUUGGGCCAGGUGUUGGGCUCACUGGAGCUGCUAUUGCUGGUAUUACUGCUGGAAUCCCCUGCGGUAUUCUCAUCAUCCUCAUUGUGCUGGGUGUCAUUUACUGUAGUAAACGUGCACCACAAAAUGUCCACCAUAUUUAUACCACUACAACGAUCUGUUCGAUGAAUCUGUUGCUCAACAGAUGAAGACCCCAGGUAUCCAGUAUCAAAAGCAGUGGAGAAGGUUGUUAUCUCUCAGACUGGUCUGGCUAAACCUCAUAAGCUGCUAACUGGUUGACUCAAACAAUCUCCUGAGUACAGACUCCAACAGUUUGAACGACUGGGUCCAAUGCCUUCUGUGAACUCCCGUGUGAGAAUGGCCACCACUGUAUGAUGCUGACCUACAAUAUAGUUACAUUUAUUUAAAGGUGACGUGCAAAUUCCACUAGCGGCUUCAAAGUAAUUGCUGUCUUUUAGUUGAGCUGUUUAUGGAGACUGGGCCGGCCGUUACAGCAUUGACUCAUCCAAUAAUGUGAGCUCAGGGCGGGACAGUUUGCCCGACCAAUGUAAGAUUUUAGUUAUAUUUAG